CCCCUUCAAAAAAAAAAAAAGUUGUCGAGUGAACGGAUUGAAAGAGGGGAAAAAAACGGAACCCUUCCCACUUUCCAAAAAUCACGGGGAGUGACUGUGACAGGAGGAAGGGGACAGGGAGAGUAAGAGAGAGAAGAAGAAGAAGAAGAAGAAGGAGGAGAAGAAGAAGCCCUCGCAGGACUUCAUCACAUUUCUUUUAGAACUACGAGAACUGGAACCGAUCACUAAACUGGACUGAUCAAUCGAUAUCGGUGAUCAACAGUGGAGUGAGAAAGCGUAGCGGGAGACUCUUUGGAGGAGCAUGCGGCUCGGUUUACUAUUCAGGCUCUAUGUGCUGUGGGGCUUUGUGGUGGUCACGACCUCCGUGACCAAGGCUGCUAAGAGGAAGGUGGCAGGCCGGAGGUCCAGACAGGUGUUUGAGGCGGAGCCUGUGGAAGGGGUGUGGUCUGUUUGGGGGGAGUGGUCAGAAUGUUCUCAGACCUGCGGCGUGGGCGUCUCACAGAGAAGCAGGAAGUGUUUAUCCCCUCCACCUCCCCAAGCCCCUCCUCUCUCCCACUCUCCACCUAACUGGGCAGGGUAUCUGCCCGGAGGCAUCGGAGGUCCUGUCAUCUCACCCAUCCGCCCCUACUACCCUCCUCGUUACCCCGGGCAACACCCACCUUAUCACUCCCCACCAAUUUCCGCCAAUCACAACCAAGGAUUGCCUCUGUAUCGGAAUACCCCCGCCGGAGGAGGAGGGGCUCCUGUACCAGGACAGACCAAUCAGUCUCCUCCUUUUUACCAACCAGAAUUCUCCCCAACGAAUCAGGACCGUGUGUCUGUUUACCGCGCGCCCCACCACGCUUCUCCACAUGGCUACAACCAGCCGGGACGGAUCAUGAGGAGGCCGACCAAUCCGGGAGCAGUGAGGAACGGAGGGGGAGGGAGUAGAAGGUCUGUCUCAGGCAAUCGGGAGGGUUUGCCUGCAAGGAGGUCUUCCAACAUCCGUCCCGGUCAGUUCGGGUAUGGCAGGGUUCCUUUCUCUCUGCCUCUGCACCGGCCCAACCGGCAGGCUCGCCACACUGCUAACAGCACCGAAUCUGCGGAGCCCACACCGGCACCUGGACUAGAUAGUGAAGUUGACACAGAGAACACAGGGAAAGAUGAAGAUGAGACGGGGAGUGAUGGAGACUCCGGGGAGGCAGGGAGGAGAGAGGAAGAGGAGGGCCCAGAGUCACAUGCCGCUGAGGAGUUGCCCACAACCACAACCACAACCAGCAGCCCGCACCGCAACGUGGAAAGACCAUCGCACACCAAUACAGAACAUGGCAGGGCGAGAGAGCGAGUGCCCCCCUCUCACUCUUUCUCACGCUCCUCCUCUUCAUCUGUCCUAUCCAACCGCCGCGCGUUUGACUGGCACUCCGUCACCGCGCCACCUCCUCCCAUCUCCCCUCUCUCUAUCCCCAACUCACCUGCCGUCACUUCACCCUUUUCCUCCCCUCUCCACCGCUCCAGUGGCGUGCACAGAGACAGGGAGCUCCACCCAGGCUUCAGCCCUCACGCCCCGCCCUCAGGCAACGUCUACCCACUACAGCAUCCCCACAUCCCGCACCUGGGGGUGGAGGCGGGCAGGGAUGGAGGGAGAGGAGCUCCUCAGAUCUACAGAUGCUCUGGGCUUGAGAAAGAGUACCGCAGGUGCUUCUCGCAGGUGUGCGGAGGAGGUACGUUGGACUCCAGAGCAGAGCAGUGUGCAGCCUUUAACACCCAGGAGUUUAUGGGUCGCCUUUAUAACUGGGAGCCUUUUACCGAGGUUGGUGCGGAUAAGCAGUGCGAGCUGACCUGCAGGCCAGCCGGCUAUCGCUUCUAUGUUCGUCAGGCCGAGCGUGUAAGAGAUGGGACCCCCUGCUUCAACGUCAGCUCCAACGACGUGUGUGUAGAAGGGCAAUGUCUGACGGAGGGUUGUGAUGGGGUUCUGGGCUCUGGCUCUGUGAUUGACAAGUGUGGAGUGUGUGGCGGGAGGGACACUUCCUGUCGAAAGGUGGCAGGAAGCUUCCAAAAUGUCACGGUUCCCCUUGGUUACCACAAGAUCCUGGACAUCCCACCCGGAGCAACAUUCAUUAACAUCACAGAGAGACGAGCCAGCCCAAACUACCUGGCCAUGAGAAGUGGCACAGGGGCUUCUGUGGUGAACGGGCGUUGGGCUGUGGACCCUCCAGGGGAGUACCAGGCAGGGGGGACUACCUUCACCUACACCCGACCUAGAGCACAGGCAGAGGGAGAGGAAGACAGAGGAGAGUCCCUCAGGGCCCCUGGACCCACCACCACACAGCUACAGCUAUAUAUCAUUUUCCACCAGCAGAACCCAGGCAUCGACUAUGAGUUUUACAUCCCUGUGGAGAAGAAGGAGGGAGAGAGGGAGAGGCUGUCAGAGAGAGACAGGGAGACACCCAGAGAGGCACCCAGAGAGAGGCAGAGGGAGCGAGAGGCAGGCAGGGCACCCCUUCGCAGUCCUCUCACUGUGUCCGUGGAAGACCUUCCUCCUGCUCCUCCCCCUGUUUCAGUCCCCUCUUUUCCCUCUUCCUCCUCCUCCUCCUCUGUGUUUUCUCCCCCCUCCUCCGACCGUUGGACACCUGAGAGGUCACGUCCACGAGGCUCAGCGCCCAAUAGGAAUGCUCGGAUCCCCCCUCGCACUGACCUGCCACUGGACACUCAGCCACCAUUUGUGUGGAGGAGAGGCGGGCUCACAGAGUGUACUGCUACCUGUGGCAAAGGUUCUCAGUAUCGAGUGAUUCUUUGUAUUGACCGCCACACGGAUGAUGAAGUCCCAGCGAGGAAGUGUGACUCUGCAGCCAAACCUGUUCCUGAGGAGGAACCUUGUAACACACACCCCUGCCCACCAUUCUGGGAGGCCAGUGCUUGGUCAGAGUGCAGUGUGUCCUGCGGGGCCGGGGUGCAGCAGAGGCAGCUCCAGUGCAGGCAAAGCUUUGGGAACCGCUCCACCAUGGUCCACCCUCAGCGCUGUGCCAACCUCGACCCGCCAGAGUCCACACAGGCAUGCCAGCUCCGCCUCUGCUCCCACUGGGAGGUCAGCUCCGACUGGAGCACGUGCUCAGUGGACUGCGGAGUAGGAAGGAGGACAAGGAGUGUGCGUUGCGUCAGCGAUCAAGGCAGCGUGGUGAACGACAAAGAGUGCAACUCCAGGUCUCGCCCGCAGGGAAGUGAGGAGUGCAACAUGGGGCCCUGUGUUACUAACUGGUACUUCACUGACUGGUCCAACACUUGUUCGGCGCAGUGUGGCCCCGGGGUGCAGAGGAGGGAGGUGGUGUGUCUGACCCGAGGAGGCGUCAGAGAGGGCGGAGGAGGAGGGGACUGUGUUGGGGAUAAACCGGCAGAGAUGAAGGCCUGCAACGGGGGUCCCUGUGUGCCAACAACCAUGUGGUACGGCAGCCCCUGGACACAGUGCAAUGUCCCGUGUGGGAAUGGAACUCAGCGACGAGACAUCAUUUGUGUCCAGAAGAUGGGGAAUGAUUUUACUGUCGUACCAGCCAGCGAGUGUUCUCAUCUGGACAAGCCCGCUGCGGUCCAAGAGUGUGAGAUGGGAGAAUGUCAGCCACAGUGGUUCACAACGGAGUGGAGCGCGUGCUCACGUUCUUGUGGAAAAGGCCUACAGAUGAGGGAGGUACGGUGUCUAACAUCAGACAAAAAGCACAACCACGAAUGUGAUUUUGAUACCAAACCUGAACAGGAACAGAUCUGCAACACAAUACCCUGCAGUCCACAAGUCUCAGAUGAAAACUGCCGGGACAGACGGCAUAACUGCGUGAUGGUGGUGCAGGCCAGGCUGUGCGUUUACUCCUACUAUAAGACCGCCUGCUGUGCCUCAUGUACCCAGAGUGCCCAGCGCACCAAGAGGCAUUGACCGUCCAAUCACAGACAGCCCAAGUGUGCAAGAAGUCAAGGAUUAGGUCAAAGGGGCUGAUCACCCCCCUGAAAUGACAAGUCUGUAGAAAUGGACAACCCAGAGUAGACGUUAACACCUGUGAUGGCAUGUUGUUCACAAAACAUUUAGCUAUUUUCUCCUGAUUCUUCAGGUCAAAACACUGUGAAAUCAGACGGUUGGUUCUUUUUUUCCAGUUCUCUGUAUACAGUUACAUUUUAUAUUGCGUCUUAGAACCACAUAUUCCACUGAGCUUGCUUCUGUUUACUUCCUGCGUUAGCUUUAACAGGUUCAUAAUGUGUCACACAGGGCUGAGUGAUACAUUUGCUGUGAUUUCCACUCUUGGAGGCCCAUUUCUAUGGCUGAGUGAUUGUAACGGAAGGUGCUCACUUUGGAAACAGCUGUGUUUCAACAGCACAACUAGUUGUUUUUUUUAAAGAUCCCUCCUAAUCUGCAGGAUCUUACAACAGACAUAGUCAGACAUGCAUACUGUACCACUAAUUAUAAAAAGAAAUGUGCUGAAUAAGUAAUUACCAUGCGUGCCAGAUAAACUGUGUAGUACUAUGUGUGCUAAAGAUCUACUGGAAUAGA